GCAGGUUAGGCUUGGAUUUAUAUCCUCCAGCAUCUCGCGCUUGUUAUUGUCACUGCAGCUGCGGUUGUCUCGCAAGGCGGGCGGUGCGAUCGGCUGAGGCUGCAAAUCUGGCUGACGGCAAGGCCGUGCCUCUCUGCAAGCGAGCGCUCGAGCUGAGAUUAUAGCUCUCUGCGAGCGCCCUCCCGCCCUCUCUCCAGUUUUCUCGCCAUGUCUGGCCGAGGGAAAUCGGGAGGCAAAGCUCGAGCCAAAGCGAAAUCGCGCUCCUCUCGGGCCGGCCUGCAGUUCCCCGUGGGGCGAGUGCACCGGCUGCUGCGAAAAGGCAACUACGCGGAGCGGGUGGGCGCCGGAGCGCCCGUCUACCUGGCGGCCGUCCUGGAGUACCUCUCGGCCGAAAUCCUGGAACUGGCCGGCAACGCCGCGCGGGACAACAAGAAGACGCGGAUCAUUCCCCGGCACCUGCAGCUGGCCAUCCGCAACGACGAGGAGCUCAACAAGCUGCUGGGCGGGGUGACCAUCGCCCAGGGCGGGGUCUUGCCCAACAUCCAGGCCGUUUUGCUGCCAAAGAAGACCCAGAGCUCCAAGAAAUGAGCCUGGCGGAGAAGCAGCCGAUCGGCCACUCGCCCCCCAACCCCCAACCCCCCGCGCCCCAUCCACAGAAUCUGGUGCUGCGGCCACCGGACGCUUCUUCCUUUUCUCUUCCACACUCGGUGCAGCCAGCGCCAGGCAGAGUUCCUUUCCUCAUCCUUUGCUUUGGUGCAGCCACCGCCAGGCCUCCUGCUGCGUGCCCCCUUUUGGCUCCUUCCCUUCCCUGCCUGGUGUUAUCAUCGCUCGGCUUCCUUUUCUGGCCAUUCCUCCUUUUGAACCAUCUCUUGUCACUCCUGCCCCCUUCCUCUCUAGGGACAGGUGUGGGAAGAGCAGUCCUAAUCACUAAUGCCACAAAAAGGGCACUGGCUCUGGGCUUGGCUGUCACCUAUUGCCCUAAAAAAUGAUUCUCCUCCCUCCCCCCCCCUCCCCUGCUGGUGAUUUAGUUCUGAACCUACGUAAUCUGCAUUAUUUGCGUGAUUCAGUUUUUCCCCAGCCCCCUUAAAUUUGGUUCAAUUUGUAGGGUUUAGGGAAGGACGAGAAAGAAGAAACCAUUCUGGAACCGGAAGAAUAGUUUAUGUGAGUUUUGUUUUAUCCCCCUUGAUAAACUGGGAAGCAGGACUAAUGGGAAGAGGAAAAGCACCUCACCCUCUGGAAGCUUCAAGCCUGCUAUAGGUAGAGUAGGGACUCUCAUUGGCAUGUGAUCUAUGUCAGAAAGGAGUCUGUGUGCCCCACCAAGGUGGGAAGGUGGACUGGAAGGAAGUAUGACCUCUUUGUUGCUUUGUCAUUUUGCACAAAUAUUCAGCCUCGUCUCUGAAAACUGCUCCAUCCCAGAACUCGAGAUGGUGAUGGAUCUACCUACCUGAUGUUUGCUGCACAACCUCAUUUAAUGUGAUCACAGGCUGUUGGAUAAAUGGGAGAGGCCACCAGGAAGCAUCAAUGUGAAAAACUCUUAUCCUUUCAAGAAAGUAAUCGUGUCAGAUGCUACGCUUUUUUUAAUCGUUUGCUGUAUGCUGAAGUAUUGUGUCGUCGUAUUUGUACCGCAUUCCUACUUGUGCACUCUUGUUAAAUUUUGAUUUUGUUAUUGCUGAGCUAUCUUUAAAUCUGUAGUAUAGUCGAGAGCUUUGCAUCUGAGCCUUGGGCCUGUUGUAUAGUCUCUUGGUCUGUUGUAUAGUCAAGAGUCUUGGGUUUGUAAGGAAACUGAAGGAUGCUUCACUUCCUGUGGGGUGUGCACACUAGUUCAUUACACUUGCCUGUGCGGAAACAAGAACUCUUUAAUUUAAAAAAAUACAAAAACCUGUUUAUCAGAGAUGAAGGUGGCCCCUGUGAGCAGGAGUCCACUUUUCAAACUGCAUUCAACUCUGAACAUGAUCUUGCGUCCUGAACUUCGAAGUGAUGUGUUCAGAUUUUCUGAAUGCGCUUAACAGCUUAGCUGGAAAGCAAGACUAAGAUUUAUAUCUAUUUUGGUCCACUUGACGUCAUUGGCACUAAAAUCAUUUCAAAUGAAAGUAUUUUUAGAAUAAUGGCUCACUUCUCAGCGUAGACUGUAGUAUAAGCUCAAUGGUGCUGACUGCUUCCUUGAAGCAGAAGUUAUUAGAGUAUGUUUAAUCCUCCUCUCCCCGCUGCACUGUAAAUUCUGUUGAAGCAUCUCCUGCUAUGUGUGGAGUUGAGCAUUUUUCUCCUAGUUUGCACUUUAAACGAUAAACUGUGUUCUCUGUUCACCAUUUCACUUCUAGUUUUUAGACGGACAUGCAAACUUGGCAUCAGUGUAAUGUUUUAGGGUUGGGUUUUUAGACUUAAAAGCCCUGUAAUUUAUAUAAGAGUAAAAUUUCUGGUUAAUGUGGUGGUUUAUUAAAUAGGUGUUUGGAUAAUGUACGAGCAUGAAGUUGGCCUUGCUGGUCCUGUGAUGCAUAGUGACUGUGGUUUUCUAGAAAUGGUACUGGAGUAAAAUCUUGCUUGCUUAGGUAAAAGAGUUGAUAGAACCAUGUGCAUGCAGCAGCAUCUAGGCUGAACUUGUAAUAUUUAUGGGGCAACUGUGUAUGUGCUGUUAAGUAGCAUGUGUUCAGCCUCUCAAGUGAGCUGUAAACCUGUGGAUGAAGUGUUGUCUUGCUCUGGUUCAGCUGAUGAUUUAAUGACUGGAAAAUGAAAGCAGUUUGUUCAGCAGCAAUGCAAUCCUAAAGAGGGAUGCAUCUUUCUAAGCACAUCAAAACUAGUGUGUUUAGCGGUGUAAUUCUGCUUUAGGGUUGCACUGCCAGUCACAGAACAGGAGAAAUGUCACAUUGCUAGAGUAUUGUCUCUUCAGUGAUACCUGAGAAGUAAAACCUUGAUCUGCCCUUAUCUGAGACUUCUCCCGCCCUUCCUCUGCAGACCCAGAAAAAGGCCUCUUGUUCCUAAAUAGCUAUCUCAUUCCUCUGGCACUGGACCAGCGUGUGGUUCUUUCAGAAAGCACUGAUUGCAUCAUUUUGGGGAGGGACUAUGUAAAUGCAAAUAACUGGUAGGAAGUGGGAAAGUCUGAGUUUCUGUAUUCGUGUUUUUCUGUCUUUGUUUUGAAGUUCAGUAUUUUUGUUUUGUCAAAUCAAAGAUUGCUUUGUAUUCACUAGAAAAUGCAGAACUUGUGAUACUGGAGAAAGUGAAAAACCAAUAUUCUUAUUAAACUGGUUCAGUCUUGAAUGCACAUAAAACUUGAUGUCAUUUUGACAUGUUAUUUAUGUCCUGCUUGGGGGUCAUUUGAUCCAUGGGAAAAUAAACUUGCCUGUAAUUUGCAUUUA